UUCCAUGCUAUCUCCCUUCUCCAAACCACUCCAAAAUCCACUCUUAACCCUUCUUUCUCUGCUAUCUCUCUUGUGUUCUAAGCAAUGGAGAGGAAAAGAAGCCAUGUCUCUAUUACCAUGUUUACGAUGCUUCUUGGGUUGCUCUCUCAGCACCUUAUCAUUCCUGUAAUCUCCACCACUGUUGAAGAUCAGAAGAACUACUGGCCAGAUCCACAUGCAGGAAGCUCCCCCACAGGUUUCACUGAUUCUUUGUGCUCACACAGUCCUCCUCCUACAUCUCAUGGCCAUGGAAGCUCUCCACCCUCACAUGGUGGUGGAAGUUACCGUCCAACUCCAUCAGCACCCUCAGGUGGAAACUGUGGAUCAUCAUCACCCCCACAUCAUGAUCCAACACCCUCAACCCCAUCAACACCAUCAAACCCUCCUUCAGGUGGAUACUAUAACAACCCACCAUCUCAUGGAGGUGGUAGCCCCCCUACACCUGUCACUGUGAGCCCACCAACCACACCAGUAGACCCUGGCACCCCCAGUAUCCCUUCACCACCUUUCAUUCCUUCCCCAUCUCCCUUCACUGGCACAUGCAACUACUGGAGGUCUCAUCCAGGAAUCAUAUGGGGAAUUCUUGGCUGGUGGGGAACCCUAGGGAGUGCAUUUGGUGCCACAAGUACUAUUCCAGGGUUCAGUCCUGGUAUGAGCUUGCCACAAGCUCUUUCUAACACAAGAAAUGAUGGGCUUGGAGCACUCUACAGAGAAGGCACAGCUUCCUUCCUCAACUCCUUGGUCAACAACAAGUUCCCUUACACAACCAACCAAGUCAGGGACAGAUUUGUGGAAUCACUCAGUUCCAACAAGGCUGCGGCAGCACAAGCACAGCUCUUCAAGAUGGCCAAUGAAGGAAGAAUGAAGCCUAGACCAUGAGAUGGAUUGAUUAAUUAGUCUUAGUUUCAUUUGGUGUGUCAAUUUACUCAGUUAAGAGCAUUUAUAUCUAAGAUUUCUGUUAGUUUGUGUCAUUUAAUUAAGGUUCCUCAUCACAUGUGUUAAUUAAUAUGUCUUGAGAUGGAUAUCUUGUUUCUUCGAAAUUUAAUGCAAACUUUAUGGUUUUGGUUUUGAAUAAA